CACACCAGCACAGCUCACUGUUCAUUUUCGGCGUCGUGAAACUUUUCACCGGCACGUUUUAAUGACCGGAGCUCCUCUCGCGUUAUUUCAUGGCUCGACGUUGAAAACUAAACUGCACCGGAUCCGCGAGGCCAGAUUUAUGCUGGUCACACAGACGGGGAAUCCACUACGUGCUGGCUGAGAUCUUUUCCCACACAGGUUUGAGCACAGCCGUCCAAAGACUGCCAUGUCAUCAAAAAUGCAGAGCUCCAGUAGCAUCGCUCAGGCCAGGCGGACGGUGCAGCAGCUGAGGAUAGAGGCCAGCAUUGACAGGAUAAAGGUGUCCAAGGCUUCGUCAGACCUGAUGCGCUACUGCGGAGAACAUGCGAAGAAUGACCCGCUGCUGAUGGGCAUCCCCGCUUCAGAAAACCCUUUCAAGGACAAGAAGCCUUGCACUGUUCUGUAGGGGAACACCUGAACUCUUGCUGCUUUCCUUUCGACUCUUACGUGGAAAAAAGCUGAUAGUAAUACUGUUCACACCUUAUCUUAAGGCCAGUGGUCCCCUCCUAACCUUUUCUCAUGCCUGCAGCAGUUCAAGGAACGAAUUCCUCUUUGCCUUGCAGUCAGAUAGCAGUUACACCAAAGAACAGGCAGAAGUGUGAAGCCGUGGCCUCGGAUCAAAGCUUUAGCUCAAACAAAGGUGAGUUAAAGUUCGUACAAAGGUUCCGUGCUGGCUUUUGUUUCUCUGCAUUGUUAUCUGACAAGAUGUAGAAAGCCCGAGACUCGUCCUGAAAGGAGCUGUACCAUGAAUGGGAGACGUCCUGCCUCUCUAAUUAUCACAGCGUCCAUAAACGAGCCUCCUCAAUCGUUGGUCCAAUCAGAUUCAGAUCAGGCUUGCUUCAGGAAACAGUUGUUAUAGUUUUUGUGCUCCUGAUAACGACCGCCCGAGUAAUGAUGAUGAGAAAACUGUGCCGUCCAUCACAUGAAGACGGGUGGAAAGAGUGGGGGGUCCUUUGCCACUGGUGCACGUCACCUGCUGUAUAUGUCUUAACAUAGAGAAAUCAAGUUUAAAUUGUCCUGACAUGGAUAAUUUAAUCCCUCCAGAGAGAAACAGUUCAGCUCAAGUGUUGAUUGGAUUUUUAUUUUUAAGAUAUUGAGAAUUUGUUC